GUCAAUGUUGUCGUGGAUGGACGCGCCUAUCUGCGCUCCUUGCCUUUUUCCACUAUCUGCGUUCAACUCGUGUAAAACUAGCAGAAAUGUCCUUCUUUGGCUUCGACACCACCCUCCCCAGGGAUAAGCCCUCUGGGGACAAGAGGGGCAUUUUUGAGAAUCCCGAUCCCUUCGCAGAGGUCGCUCGGGUUAGAGCUGAAGGGUUGAAUGAUGAUGAUGAUGAUGUCAUCGACUUCGAAGACACGUACGACGGUCUAGGUGACAACCUCGACGACGACCAGGAUGCCUUCAACGAAGACACCUUCGGCGGUGAACUUGAAACCUCUGCUGUUGGAAAAGACUUUGACUUCUUUGGGAACACGGCGCAGGUUUCGGACAUCAUCGGUGAGGAACAAAUACGCUUCAACCUGCAGCACUCGAAACCGACUGCUGCGGCUCCUGUGGCUCCCGCGACAGAAACAGCGCACCAGAAGCCGAGAAGAACGGGCUAUGAAAAGUAUCAGGAUGAUACCUAUAUUCCUGAUCUCCAAGCUAAGUCCAGCGUUUGGGGCAUUCCUUCGCAACCCAAGCCUGCUGCGGAGUCGACCGUUGCACCAGCCAAGAAGAUGCUGAGUCUGGAGGAAGUGGAAGCUCAGUUACGUGGUCAAACUCAACGACCUCUACAAACCCAACCUCCUGCAUCAUUGCCUGCUCCUGCUCCGGAACUUCCCCAGCAACAGCCGCUCCAGCGACCUCCACAGAUGCCCCCUUUUCCUGACGGCUUUGCUCAAUUGCCUCCCGAGUUCCUGCAGGCUCAGCUGGCCAAAGGAGGUAUUCCACCGUCGCAGCUGUUACAACACCAGCCCCUUGCUCCGGAGCCUUAUCCUUUUACUCAUGCGCCGCCCACAGCGCCGUUGCAUGUCUUGCAGAAUGCCAACAUCCCUCCGCAGCAUAUGGCUACCGCCGCCGCCGCUGUUGCGCAACAACUGCAGAGUAUGGCUCCGCGAAUUCAAAGACUACCGCAGCAGCAGCAACAACAAGCGCAGAUGCCACUUCCUCGGGGCCCAGUUGCUGGUUUGCCGGUAAUCACCAACGCACAGCAACUGAUGAAUCUGACAGAGGAGCAGCGCAUGUUGUACUUGAUGGAAGACGCCAAACGUGCGAAGCGUAAUCACAAGAUUUUCCUUCUUUCCAAGGGGAAUGGUUUGAUGACACCACAGGAUAAGAACUUCAUCACGCGGAUCCAGCUGCAGCAAUUAGUCGCUGCUGCGGGUAAUGUGGCAGACACGGACCCAGAGGCCAACCUGAAGGAGGAUUUCUACUACCAAGUCUACAGCCAGAUACGUGGAGCACCUCGACAACAUCCUCGUCAACCUCUCGGCCACUUCGCGCAGACGUACCUCUUCCAGACAGGUAAUCGUGUCAGUGGUCAUGGUGGCCGAAGGCACUACCAGGGUGCCGAUAACCAUAUGCAGCGGAUGCAGCAACAAGUUCUUCGCGCGGUCGAAGCAGCGAAACUCAAGCCGAAGAACAAGCAGCUCAUUAUUGAAGGCAGCCUGGGCAAGAUUUCCUUCAGCAAUGCCAAUGCACCGAAACCUAUGCUCAACAUCAAGCGUCCCGACAGCUCUGAGGGAAUCAAGGCUCCCAAGAAGCCGCAUGCAGACUUGAGCAUUAAUGAUCGUAAAUCUAUAUUGGCGAACAUUGAGAAUGUUUACAAUACGUUGAUGUCGAUGGAGGACAUGGAGCGAACAAUGCCGCCGCCACCGAGCGAGGACGAUCCAGAGGCUAUCCAGAAGCACAUGGAAUGGCGACAGAAGAUCCAGUCGCUCAACCAGAAACUGUGGCGGGAGCUUAAGGUUAUGGAACCGAUUGUUCCCGGCUCUACUACUCCGCACCCGUUCAUUGCGUUCCUCUCGUAUCCGAAGGGCAAGAAAGCUAUUCCCCGCAUUUUCCGCCACGUCGAUCAGGAGCAACGAGUCACCAUCUUGACCAUGAUCGUUGUGCAUCUGGAUUCGUUAGACGUUGUCCGCCUUGCACAACCUCCACCUGGUGAGGCGCAGCCUCCAUUGGCUGUGCGUGAAGCUAUUGAUCUCUUUUCCCAGGCAGUAAUGCCGAGUCUUUUGGGAUAUGUGAAUGAGGCCCCGUUCAACAUCAUUAUCGGCCUUCUAGGCCUUGUCAUCGCACAGACCCAUGUGCAGUCGAUCGCCAAGACCCGAAUCGGCCUGGGCAUUCUAACAAUGCUGCUCAGUCGAGCUGAGAUUGUGAAAGAGGCCGGCCAGGCAGCGGAGCGCGAUUGGCAGCAGUGGGUGGAGAAGUUCAACGUGCUGUUUGACACCCUCGAGCCAAUCUUGGCGGAUAUUUUCCCGGGCUCGAUCAAUGCUGGCGAUGAUAUGUACGUCUGGCAGUUUUUAGCCGCACUCGGGAUCGGGGCGAGUCCAGAGCAACAACAACGGCUGGUCAUUGCCGUCAAGGAUCGUGUCAUGGAGACAGUCAGUUAUAGCAAGACGCUGCCUGCUGACCUAGCUAGCCAGAGACUGGGAAAUGUCAACCUAUUCAUGCGUGCUAUUGGGCUUGAUGUCGAACUCUUGGGUUGAAGAAUGUGCAUUGCGUCAACCACGCACAUUGGGCGAAUGAUACGGGUGGGACUUCCUGACAGCGGAAGUUCCCUAGAUUACGAUGGAGUGAUUAUUAUUGAUGCUGGUUCCGCGAUGGAAGUUGUUCACAGAACUCUAUCGAAGUUAUGCGCUGUAUAUGCAAAUCACCAUGAACCUUUGUCGGGGAUAGACGAUGGGCAUCCGGGAUACUAGUCCUGGAUGCAUAAGUUGUCGUUUUUUUUUUUCUCACUUAUCUGUUUGUACUUUUUUUGGAAGGGAUUUUAAUGACACUGAAAAGCGAAUGCCAUUUUCUUUCUUUUCCAGUGCGCUUUGUGGUGUCUCAAUGGCCGGUUUGAUACACUAUGCCUUGAUGAAGUCGGCCUUGUACAUACAUUUUAUUAUACCUAUUCGUGGCGCUGGAGGGGCGCAGUCGCGUAGCAUCCGUAUGGGAUUGCGCAGGGAGAAAGAAAGUAACUAUGGAUUUAAA